AUGGCAGAUCCAGCUCCAAUACAACGUUCAGCUGAAGUUGAAGAUUUAGCACAUUUAAGUGAAAAAGAAAAAAAGAAAAUAUUUGAAGAUGUUGAUGAAAGAAAAAAUUCUCUUCAUCGAAGUGAAGAAAUGGAAGAUUUGGCUCAUUUAUCAUCACAAACUAUAAAUAAACCUUUAAUUAAUGAUCGAAAUACAAAUAUUAAACAAUAA